CUUGACAUGGAGCGCGUCGUAGUACUGUCCCUUGUGCCCUUUGACCCAGCCUUUACCGGUCGCAUGGACGAGCGGGCCCUGUGACUUGUGGCCGCGCUCUUUGCACCCAAGAACCUGGAGCAAGGUUUGGUCGAGGGUGUUGCCGAUUGCUCGCACUGCCAGAGGGCUUCUCGGCCAACUGGCUGCGCUCGGAGUGCACCUCGCCAGACACGGGCGCGAUCUUCUCGUGCGUCAUUGAGGUGCGUUUCGUGCUUCGCGACGCGACGGCGCUGCUGCCAGCCGGCCAUGAGGUGGCGUGGGACCAGUUCGAGCUCGAUUGGCGGGCGGGAACAGUCGAAGCCGCUAGCCGCCCGGUGUCAGACGAGCUCGCAAUUACCCACACCGAGACGACCGGGAUGCACCUCCUCAGUGGCGGUGGAGGCAGCGGUGGGGAGGCGUGGACUUUGGGCAUCGACGGAGAGACAGGUCGGCUGCGAUCCUGGGUCAUCGGUGGCUUCGAGCUGCUGCACGCUCCACUUGAGGCUGCCUUUUGGAGGCCGCCUACCGACAAUGACCUCGGAACGUCAAAGCCCACCGGCACGACCGUUGCGUGGCUCGCCCUCGAGCGCGGGCCAGUGCGGCUGCUCAACAGCUCGCUAGAAGAGGUAAAGUGGGAUGGGUUGGAGUCGAGCGCACUGCGUUGGUGCGCCACGACGGAACCCAUCGCAGCCCUGCACAAAGAGCCGCCGCUGGUUCAGACGUGCUACACCGUGGGACAAGGCGGUGAGGUGCUCGUGAGCCAGACAUUGAGGCGCCGCACGUCGCCUCUGCCUAAUCUGCCGCGCUUUGGCGUGCGCUUUGCCCUGACCGGCGGCAUGCGAGAGCUAGAGUGGCUCGGCCGCGGACCCAAUGAGAACUACUGGGACCGCAAGCGUGGAUCGCGGCUUGGGCUGCACGCAGCACCGAUCCUCAACAUGACGGUCCCGUACUUGCGGCCGCAGGAGAACGGGCAUCGUGAAGAGGUCUCGUACGCUACGGUGGAGCGCACCGACGGCGUUAAGGUGCUCCUUGUGGGACUCGACCCAUCGCAGUUUGGGCUGAGCGCGCACCACUUUAGUGACGACGAUUUUGGCGCGACGAACUUUCUGCUGUCACGGCACACGUCCGAUCUGCGCCCGCGCAACGAGACGUUCCUACACGUGGACCGAGCGCAGCAGGGCGUCGGCGGCAUCGAUAGCUGGGGUAGCUACGAAACGCCGAUGGCGCAAUACACCAUUCCGUACGAGACGAUGAGCAUGUCCUUUGGGGUCGCCGUGUCCUCGCCGCACACUGCAGAACGGGAGAAGCCGCAUGCGCGCGCCCGGCGGCUCCAGAGCUGGAUUCAGGCGGUGGCCGGUGCAGCUGCGCAGGGGUAGUGAAAAAAUUCUGU